GAUCUAGCUGGAAAUUGGGAAUACAGAGGAAGAGUCAAAAUUAGCUCAUACUACGUAUUUGGCUACUUGUUGAGUUGAGUCCCUAUCAUCAUCAACCAAAUUCAAGAGCAUCAAUGACCAAAUCUUGGCACUGAACUAGCAAACAAACAAACCACCUUAAAAAUGGCUGCUCUCAAUCUCUCUCCAAUCACACCAUCCACCACCAAAAUCGGCUGGAUUGGUAUCGGCAUUAUGGGUUCUGCCAUGGCAUCUCGCCUACUCUCAGCUGGCUAUUCUCUAACCAUCUACGCUCGCACCCCAUCUAAAGCCGACCCACUUCUCGCUCUUGGUGCGCACCUUGCCGCUUCUCCGGCCGAUGUUGCCAAAUCUUCGGAUGUUGUCUUUACUAUGUUGGGACACCCACAAGAUGUUCGACAAAUUGUCUUAACCAAAAAAACCGGGGUUUUAUCAGGUUUGAGCUCUAAUGGUGUUGUCAUUGAUCAUACCAGUAGUCAUCCCGAGUUAGCUAAGGAGAUAUUUGCUGCUGCUCGUGAGAAAGAUUGUUGGGCAAUUGAUGCUCCUGUUUCUGGGGGUGAUGUUGGUGCUAGAAAUGGUAAUUUGGUUAUUUUUGCUGGAGGAGAGAGAAGUGUUGUUAAUUGGUUGCUGCCAUUGUUGGAGAUUAUGGGUAGUAAAGUGAGUUUUAUGGGUGGUCCUGGAAGUGGGCUGAGUUGUAAGAUAGCUAAUCAGAUAAUGGUUGGUGCAAAUUUGGUUGGGUUAAGUGAAGGGUUAGUUUUUGCUGGGAAAGCAGGGUUGGAUAGGAGGGGUUGGAUGGAAGCGGUUCGAGGCGGGGCUGCUGGUUCUAUGGUGAUGGAGCUAUUUGGACAAAAGAUGAUUGAUAGGGAUUAUGAUCCUGGUGGGAUUACUGAGUACAUUGUGAAGGAUAUUGGUAUGGGACUUGAUUUCGCCGAGGGGCGGAAGGGUGGUGAUGAAGAUGAGGUGGUUGUAAUCCCAGGUGCAUCAUUGAGUAAGCAACUCUUUGUUGGGAUAGUUGCUAAUGGUGAUGGAAAGGUUGGCAUUCAAGGUCUUAUUAGUGUUAUAGAGAGGAUCAAUGGCAUUUGAGGCUUUUUCUUACCAAAAAGCUGCCUAGUGAACCUAUCAUAGCUGUCAACUACAAAAACAUUACCCCUAUAUCAACAAUAACUUCUCAGUUGGACAAACGCACAGGUGACAUUUCGUGUAAGAGAGCUUUGUUUGCUUGGGAAAAUUGUGUAUACCAAGAGCGGCUGAGGCUGGAACAUCAAUGAUGUGGUGCUUUGAAAUAAGGUAGCUAUUACUAAGCUCCUUUGGGCAUUAGGAGAUAACUUAAAAUGUCCCAUUACAUUACAAGUACUAUUCCUUGGAAGGUGAGGAAGCUAUUUGGGAUGCAGUGAUUUAGUAAUUCAGCCUGGUGGGUGGGGUUCUGUUGAAAAUCAAGGUUAUUGCUCAAAUAAGAUAUAUACAAGUUUCUGUGUGGUAGCUUAAGGAUUUUAUUUUUUUUGGCUAUGUUGAGCAAACUUCCAUAUAUUGAUAGACUUUUAUAUGGAGUAUGACACUAUAAUCUGUUUUAUUCUAUGUGCUGCCUUUGUAAGGAAGAAUAAGAUAGUUCGGCACCUAUUUUGCCACUACAAUUCUCAAAGCAGGUUUCACAGUUGA